GUGUGUGUGUGUGUGUGUGAGAGAGAGUUGGCGAACGGAGCUUCAGAGCAGUAAAUGUUUCGGGAAUGCUCUCCGAGGACAGACUAGAUGCGAGGCGAUUCAAUUCCUUCUGUACGUUCCUUGGCCAGUCACUUUAAAAUUAAGAUGGACCUGAAGGAUUUUAAAUGUGCUCGUUUGGUAGUUGGGGUUAAACUGUUGCUCGAGUGUGGAGGAGAAGCGCGAUGAUUCCAUUUGUUUUUUACGUUUCUCUGGCAUUCACUCAAAACUUAAGAUCAACCAUAGUAUUUUAAAUGUUCCUCUUUGGCAGUCGAGUGUGGACGAGAAGCAGUAUUAUUCCAUUCACUUAAAAAUUAAGACUGAGUGGAUGCGUUCUAAAUCAUUUGGCUUUUACUUCACCAGUCAAAGCCACUGUCAGCCCCGAGUGUAGCGGAGAUGGAUUAUUUCAUUUCAAAUUUUUCAAUAGUUAAACCUGCCUUUUAAAUGUUCUCGUCUGGCUCUUGUUGUUACUGUUGCUCGCUGUAAUGUAGUUCGAGUGCUGACUUGAAGCAGGAUUAUUUAAUUUCAGUGAGAGUUUGGACCGAGUUAAAGCAUUCUAAAUGUUGCUCGAGGACGUCAUUAUUUUAGUCGUUAUUUGGCAGUUACUCCCAAAGUUAAAGUGAAUAUUGCUCGAGUCUGGACUAGAAGCACAGCUAUUAUUUAACGUUCCCAGUCAUUCAAAUUUUAAAUGGUCUUGCAGUUAAAAAUUUGUCAGUUAAGAAAGUCAUUUUUAUUCAUUAAGUUUGCGUUCAUUAAUAAUUGCUUCAGCUAGAGCAUGGAUUUGAAACACCAGGUUUAUAUUAUGUUCUUGUUUUACCGCAGUUCAAGUCAUUUGAAUUCAUUCAUUCAUUAAGUGGGAGUUGACGUGAGCAAACGGGAGUAAAUAAUUGCUUGAGCCUGAGUGUGGACUACAAGUGGGGGUUAUAUAUAAUUUCUUCUUUAAGUUAAGACAGCCUUGUAUAUGUUGCUGUUGGUCAUUUUAGAAGUCAUUUGAUCAAACCGUGAGGGUCUAAAAUCUCAAAAGAGAGGUUAUUCCAACCCAACUAUGAGAGUUCAAAAUGACUGGAAAGCGUCCGCGUGUAUGUGACCGCUCGGCCCGGUGCAGAAGACUAAUUUAGAAGUUGCAGAUUUGCGCUGCCUGAAUUGGCUAGACAGCUGUAAUCGCACUCGCUCCUCGUCUUAAUCUCUUUAUCUGGCUAGCAGCUGCCAUAUGGCCCCCGUCAGCUGGAUCAGAUGUGGCUAAGCCCUGCCUCCCUCCCUCCCUGCCUUCCUCGCUGUCCAUCCCAGACCCCCCUGAGCCGGGCCUGGUUGGUUUGGGCCGGGGCCGGGCUGCUCCACACCUAGCUCUCUCUCUAGCGUCUUUAUUUUUAGGCAUCUUAAGGAUUAGGAUUGAUGCUGUGACGAGCAGGGCACUUACAGUGAUUGUAUUGUAAAUCUUCUUCUUCUGGGCAGAGGAGGAGGAGGAGGAUGUGCGAAGGUUUUUCUCGUAAGACCACGUCUUGGAGCGUGUGUAGAGGAGGGGCUAGUUCACCCUUGUCCCCGUAAGCCCCCCCAUCACCUCCCACCCCCUCCUCAUUACACACACCCUCCCCUGCCCCUCAUUAAAAGUCGCGCACACAUCGCACACACUCAUCCAUUCUUGCCGAGGCUUCAUUCAAAUGAGGCCAUUUAACUGUUUGGGCUAACGAGCAGAGCGAGAGCGAAAAAAGCGAGCGGCAUGUAUUUUCUCAGACGGGACAAAGCGACGUGGUUAACAGGUUAUGAGGACAGCAGGAUGGAGUUCCCCGACCACAGCCGACAUUUGCUCCAGUGUCUGAGCGAGCAGCGGCACCAGGGCUUCCUGUGCGACUCCACGGUGCUGGUGGGUGAGGCGCAGUUCCGUGCGCACCGCGCCGUCCUGGCGUCGUGCAGCAUGUACUUCCACCUCUUCUACAAGGACCAGCUGGACAAGCGCGAUGUGGUGCACCUGAACAGCGACAUUGUGACGGCGCCGGCGUUCUCGCUGCUGCUGGAGUUCAUGUACGAGGGCAAGCUGCGCUUCCAGGACCUGCCCGUGGAGGACGUGCUGGCCGCCGCCUCAUACCUGCACAUGUACGACAUCGUCAAGGUGUGUAAGAAGCGGCUGAAGCGCAAAGCCACGGCCACCGAGGCGGACAGCACGCGGCGGGAGGACGACGGCGCCGGCUCCAGCUGCUCCGACAAGGCCGACAGCCUUUCGGACGGCUCCGUGGGCCGGCCCGCCACCGCCGACCUGAGCGACGAAGAUGACGACGGCAAGACGGAGGUGGGGGCUCUGUGGCUGAGGGCGCCCUCCGCAGAGAGGCCGGGAACACCCGCUGUCGUCGUACCCGCCAGCCCGUGCCACGGCGAAGCAGACGUCAAACCCACGUCUCCUGCUGGAAGCCCAUCCAGCUCCACCGGCUCUCUUUCCCAAAAGUCGCAGCGUUCCGUGAGCUCGCGAGGCCACCACGGCAGGGUGUCCAGCGAUGCCGUAGACUGCGUCCUGGACUUGUCAGUCAAACCCACAACUGGUGUUAACCACCACUCCAACUACUUUGGUGGUAACUCCCCACCAGAUAGCCUCCAGAGCCCCCUGGCCGUGAGGGUGAAGGUGGAGAGGGGCGCGGCAUCGGACGAGGAUGAGGACAUGGGGAGCGGGGACUACGAGAUGGAGCACAGCGGCAAGGCGCCGCCGGGGCACCACGGCGUGGGCGGCCCCCUGUCGGCACAGCGGCGUCUGGGCCUAGAGGCGCACCUCUCGGCCCUGCGCGAGGCCUCCCUGGCUUCUGAGCUGGAGCGCGACGACAAGCCGCCCGGCGAGGACGUCCCGGCAGAGGCGUCGUCGGGCGCCGUGGACGGCGCCCUGCUGCCGUAUGUGUCCAACAUGCUGGCACCGCCCCACACGCAGAUCUUCAUGUGCCCGCUGUGCAACAAGGUGUUCCCAUCCCCGCACAUCCUCCAGCUGCACCUGAGCUCGCACUUCCGCGAGCAGGAGGGGGUGCGCGCCAAGCCGGCCGGCGGCGACGUCAAUGUGCCCACGUGCACCAUCUGCAGCAAGACCUUCUCCUGCAUGUACACGCUCAAGCGCCACGAGCGCACGCACUCGGGCGAGAAGCCCUACACGUGCGCCACCUGCGGCAAGAGCUUCCAGUACUCGCACAACCUGAGCCGCCACGCCGUGGUGCACACGCGUGAGAAGCCGCACGCCUGCAAGUGGUGCGAGCGGCGCUUCACGCAGUCGGGAGACCUCUACCGGCACAUCCGCAAGUUCCACUGCGAGCUGGUGAACUCGCUGUCGGUCAAGAGCGAGCCGCUGGCCCUGCCCAACGUCAGGGACUGGGCCAUCGAGGACAGCUCGCAGGAACUCUGGAAGUAGACGCCCGCCACCGCGUCGACUUCUUAAGGCGCUGCUUCCCAACCGUCAUUGUGACCAUGCGCAGCUUUUUACGUUGGAAAAAUCUCAAAAUGGCACAAAAUGUAGAGUAAACCCCCAGGGGUUAGGGACCGAGAAUACUGAAAAACAACAAGUAAUUAUUAACGUCCUCUAAAAAUGUUACCUGUAUUAUUUAGUUCAAACUGUAUAAACAGUGAACCCCCGAUUAUCAUGGUGGAUACAUUCCAGACCACCCGCAAUAGCUGAAAAUUCACCAUAUAGAGCCCAUAAUUAAGGCAAGCCUUAAGAUAACCCUCCCAACAAAUGUAAUCAAAACUUUUCAAAACACACUUUUAAACAAUUUUUUAAAAAUGUUUAACAGAAAAGUCUUCUAUGUAGUGGAAAUGCAAUACAGUGGAGGAUUACUUCAUUGUUAUUGAACUGAGGCACCUGUUUUACAUUUGAAAAAUCUUAUAGUACAACAUCAAAAAUGAUGUACUAUAGUAAAAAAAUGAUCAUCUCGAUUUACUCCCAAAUUUACAUAGUGUGAAAUUUGGGACUUUUAAAUUGAACGCAAAGCUGCUAUUAUUCUGUUGUAUGAAUGGCAACAGGUUGAUAUGCAGGUUAAUUGUACCUUCUGCCAUGUAAUGGAAGAGCAUCUAAUUGUUCUGACUGUCACUAUACGUCACUGGCAUAGCUAGAUGAACAAAGAUAUUUGUAAAGAAUAAAUAAUGUUUUUGGGACAAAUGAAGGGAAAUUGGAUCAUUUCCUGCAGCAGCCCUGCAGUGGAUUACUGUAUACCACGAACUUCGAAAACACAAAACUUGAAAACACUAAUAUUAUUUUAAACUCAUCUUACGUUACACUUCAAAACAAAUGCCUCACAGAUCAUUUGAGUUUGAAAAAAUGCGCUAAAAACGCCUGUGAGAUGUAAGUCUUCUUCGCAACCCGUAAUUCGCAAUUGUCAAGCGGUAACAAAACCGCCGUCGUUUAUUAGCUUGUGCUAAGCUUAUCAAAAAUUUGACACAUGGCGAGGACUCUCCGUAACAACCCUGGCUAAAUUUCGCUCUUCCCAGACAUGCAGACCUUAGGACAGACGCGAUGUAUCACUCCAACCUACUUCCUUGUCAACGAUUACUACUUUCCUAUUACCCAGGGCUUUGCCGCCAUCUUGUAGCAUCUUUAGAUGUUACGGAAAGAGCACAAAAACGCAAAUAGGUGAAUUUGUGAGUAGUGAACUGCGAAAGGUGGGGGUUCACUGCAUGUGUUCUGAAAUCAUGCUGAUGUCACAGAUUGACUUGCUCCGUGUGAAAUUCGGACCAGUUCAAUUGAACACAAAUCUAUUAUUCUGCUUUAUGAAUAGCGACAAGUGAAUUUUAUUGUACCUCGCUGGCAUAGAUAGAUGAACAAAUCUACAUUAUUUGUAGUAAUUCAAAAAUUAAUUUGGUGGUUGGGAAUCACUGUUUUAAGAGGACGUGGGCGUCAAAGUGAGUCUUGCACUUUAAUAGCACAUGAACAUGUUACUACUGACUUUUGGGUUCGGGGUUCCUUUGACUCUCAAUGUCGCAGAAGGUCUCGCUUUUCAACUUUUGAUUUUCGUCUCUCAUCUCACGACUCGACGAUACGCUAAACGGGUAUCACCAUACACACUUUGAAGACACGUGUGCGUGUGUUUGUGCGUGUGUGCGCGUGUGGGUUAAUGAGAUGCUCCACUGGCACGGAGGCGCAGUUAGCGUGUUGGUGGUGGGUGUGUUCAGGGAGCGACUGACAAAACGAAAUGAUGGCACUCAUGCAAUGCACAGCCUCCUUUUAUUAUUAUUAUUAUUAUAUUUUUUUUUAAAUCAGUUUGAAGUACUUUCUAAUGAUGAUAUUUAACAAAUUAUUACUGAUGAAUAGUUUUCUUCAAUCUAGCUGGCAGUCUUUUUGUUGAGAAAAUAAAAAGUAUUUAAUUUAAAGGUUGUAAAUUGUUCUGCUAUAGUUUAAAUUCACUUUUAUUAUUAUUAUUAAUAAUUUUAUUUGAUUUUGUUUUUUUACCUGCUGUUUGUUGCAUGACGUCCACACUUGUAUAUUUUAAGAUUUUUUUAAGACAAUAAUGUGAAUUUGCUGUGUUACUGUACACAUUGUUAUUGAUCAAAUUUGACUUUUUUUUCAGCAUUUUUUUUUUUGUGAAUAUACUACUACUACUACUACUACUCCAGGGUGAAGCCAAGCUGACUAUGACUGGUGGGGUGGGGAUAAUGCAUGGAAUGUUGUCUUAAAAAGUUGGGAAUUUAGGGGUGGGAAAUGUCGAUGAAGCUUUUGAAGCCGGUGUUUAUGUGUGCACUGAUCUCUUCUGUGUGUGUGUGUGUGUGAAGGAAGCACCUUUUUAAGCUAUAAAAGACGUGAAAAUGUGUGCUGGAAAGAUGCCUUUUAACUCCUCAUUUGCGACUCAACACAUUUUUGUUAUUUAAAAAAGAUAUUUGAAAAAUGUCACGGAAUUUAUCAAAGUCAUCCCAAAAGGUAUUGCCAUCAAAGAAAAUUUUUAAAAAUGAUUUGUGAUUUUUAAAAACUUUUUGUAUCUUGGGGGUGGAACUCAGUUUGGAAUUUUGAAAGAAUUGUCAAGCGUUUAUACAAUCCCAAAAAAAAGGAGUUGCUGAACGCACCAUAGCCCUCAAGUGUGCGUGUGUGUGUGUGUUUGCGCGCGUGCGUGCGUGCGUACCCGCACCCCACCCAUCCAUCCAACCUGCUGCGAUUUGCAUCAUCACUGGUGUUUUUGUUUUGUUUUUUGCUUUUUUCCCCUUUCUGGUUGUACUUGACCGCCUUAAACUGCUGAAGUCCAGGCUGAUUGUUAUUACUAUUUCUCUUCUUUUUUGUUUUUGUUUUGUUUUUACUUAUUUUAAUUUAAUUGUAUUUGUAAUAAUUUAUUUGUGAGUGUCAGGCUGCGAACUAACCACACUCCAACCUUUUUGCUGUGUUUACUUGAAAACAAGAAAGGGUGCGGGUGGGGUUAUUUUUAUGGUCAAUAAAAAAUAUCUUAGUUUAUGAGGGGCUUCAAAUGACUGAAAAAAAAGGACAAUCACCAUCUGGGGGGGGGGGUAAAAACAAGCAGAUUUUUUUCAGAUCUAUUUGCUCCCCAGUCGAGAUUAAAUAAAUUUAUUUUAUAAUUGUUUUUGGGGGGGAGGGAAGAUUGAGAUUUAGUCAUUUUUAGCUUUGACAAUCAUAGUUUGUUUUUCUCAAGGGGAAUUAAAUUCGAAUUGUGUUUAGUUUUGUCAUUUCCGGUGUGCUGUUGACGUUGACAUUUUUAAAUUGUGUGCAAACUGCAAUAAAUUAUAAGAUUCUUCA